AUGAAUAAUAAUCCUCAAGACAGUUCUAAGCGCGUUGGAAAUUGGGGUCCACGACAAGCUCCUAACCUUGAUCCAAAUCGUCAAUGGGCAGCACUCCGGCGUCGUUAUGAGUGGAAUGAUUCUUAUGAUGACACAGUAGCUCCCAGAGAUCAAGAAUUAGAGAAUGAACUUUUUGGAGAAGAAAAUCACGUUCACACAGGAAUAAACUUUGCCAAAUAUUCAUCGAUUAAAGUCAGCGUCAAACCUGAAGGUACAAUAACUCCAGUACCCACAUUUGACGAAGCUAACCUUCAUUCAGCAAUGAAAGAUAAUAUUAAGCUAGCUAGGUACUCGGUUCCUACACCAGUUCAGCUGUUUGGAAAAGCGAAGAAACUUGCAGCUCCUCGCCCUCCAGCCGGUGCACGCAGAUUCAAAGCUGAACCUUUGGUUCUAAUUAUCGCCCCUACACGUGAAUUAGCCACUCAAAUAUUUGAUGAAUGUCGUCGAUUUACCUAUAGAAGCAUGAUGAGGCCUUGUGUUGUAUAUGGAGGUGCCGACUCUCUUCCACAGAAAAAUGAAUUAGCAAAAGGUUGCGAUGUUUUGACGGCAACCCCAGGUCGAUUAAAUGAUUUUGUUGAAAGAGGUUUUAUUAGCCUUCGUCGAGUCAAAUAUCUUAUACUUGAUGAGGCUGAUCGUAUGCUGGAUAUGGGGUUUGAAAAUGAUAUUAGGAAAAUCGUACAAAAAUCAGACUUAUGCGAUGACGGAACAAGACAAACCCUUAUGUUUUCUGCCACAUUUCCAAAGUCUAUCCGUUCGCUUGCUAAAGAUUUUCUAGCAGAAAAAUACAUCUUCUUAACGGUUGGUCGAUUGGGUAGUACUACUAGCGAUAUCACUCAAAAGAUUAUGUACGUUGAAGAUCAAGGCAAACGUAAUUCACUUGUCGAGUUAUUACUAAAACAGCCGCCAUCCCGAACACUCAUAUUUGUUGAGACAAAACGUGGAGCGGACUCGCUUGAUGAUUACUUAUAUAAUCAGAAUUUUCCAACGACAAGUAUUCACGGGGAUCGCACACAAAGAGAAAGAGAAGAUGCAUUAAUAUCUUUCAAGAAUGGGCGUUCGCCCAUCUUGAUCGCCACGGCUGUUGCAGCUCGGGGUCUCGAUAUCAAAAAUGUAAUGCAUGUCAUAAAUUAUGAUCUUUGUAACGAUAUAGAUGAAUACGUUCAUCGGAUCGGAAGAACGGCUCGUGUUGGUAAUCAAGGGCUGGCUACAACCUUUUAUAACGAACGAAAUUCGGAGAUUGCUCCCGAAUUAGUGAAAAUUUUGCAACAAAAACCUGGUUGGGAUGCCAAAAAUACUUGGGAUGGCAAACCUUCAUGGGAUGCUAACCAGCCUGUGACUUCCUCAACGGUUCAAAAUGAUGGAUGGUCAGCAAAUAAUUCUGUAGCGCCACAACAGCCGCCUCCUCAACCUUCAUAUCAAUCGUUUCAGCCACAAGGCAUGCCAUCAUAUGCAAAUCAACCUCCUCCGCAAUCGCCGUCACAAUUUUCACAACCUCAAUAUGGCGGUACUUCACCUAAAGUCAACCUGCCAAAGUCGAAUAUCCAAUAUGGUACGAACCCACAACAAUCGUAUGGUUAUAAUGCGCAAACGCCACAAUCAUAUGGAUCAGGUGGUUACGGGAAUCCUUCCAACAAUGGUCCUCGACAAAAUUAUUACAAUAAUGAUGAUACGAACAGAUUUGACGAUUCCAUUAACGAUAAUUAUCAAAAUGCGAGUCCGUCUCGACCUAGGUCUGAAUCACCAAAAAAUCAAAGGAACCAACUCCGUAUGGAAAGUGAAGUAAGGAACGAUCCGCCUCCUAAUUCUGACAGUUGGGGUAAUCCAGGACAACAACAAAAUAAGCCAUGGGAUCCAAGUCAUGUGCCAUGGUAA